AUGACUGGACGACGCGAAUUUCGCCGCGAUGAAAAACGAGAUCCUAGUCCCCUCUCAUCGCCCGCACUCGGGCCACUUUCGAUCUCGCCUGAAGAAACCACCACCACUACUACAUUGGACUUCAGAAAUAGGAGCGAUGGAAUUCUCUCUAUCCCUUCUUCCGGAGAGCCGUUGAGACUUUCAAUGGAUGCUUCGACUUCAUCCAAUGACUAUGACCACCUUCCUCGAUCACCUCUACUCGACCCUGAUUCUGGCCUCGGGUUUUCCGGUCUAGACCGUAUACGACAACAGCCAUUAUCUCGAGUAUUCACACUUCCGAACCUUUCCACACCGUCUGUCGCUCUGCAAAACUCCCCUCCGAACCGUUCGAGUGCGACGUCCAGAGCUGCAUCUGUGUACCUCCCAUCAGGUGGAACGAUACCACCCUUUGAGGACUUGCAUCGAUUUCCCUCUGAAUCCCUCCAUUCAUUCUCUUUCGCUCAACGGUCGGAAGAAUUACUGCAUACUCGACAGAAUAUUCUCAAAAGGUCUAUAGAUUUUAUGAAAGAUCGACUGGGUUGGGCAGCUACUGGACCCGGUCUCGUGAAUGCCCAGGCUAGGGUUAGUGGCGACGGUGAAUUCCAGGGCAUGGUUGACCUGUUAUCUAAGGCCAGUGUAUUGGACAGGGAUUCACAGGGUCGGCCAUUGAACAACUUUUAUGGGCCUGUUACAAGUCCUCCUGAGAUUGAAGGAGACAACGUUUUCGAGAAAUCAUUUCAAAAUCAAGGCCUUGCAAGCCAAUACACUCCAUUUCCGCAAUUCUCCGCGGACGCUGAAUCCGUCGAUGAGAGUCAGCUUUUAAGUCCUCUUUAUGACGAUAAUAGCUUAUAUUCCCGUCGAAGGAAUUUAAGGUCUGCGCCGUCGUCAAGGCGAGUCAGUCUGAAACGUACAUAUACUGAUCUAAGCGCUGCAUCCUUGCAAAGCAAACUUAUGGAAACAUUAGCGCAACCCUAUGCGAUUGGCGAUUCUUUGUCUUCUUCGGCACUCAACUCUUUAGGCCUGGGAAUUGGUCCUGUUGUACAUACACAUAGCAGCAAAUGGACCCCUGUUUCUCAGGCUGUUUUCCGCACAGAGGCAAAGGCGCCGUGGACGAUAAUAUCGGCCAACGAUCUUGCUUGUCUUGUCUUCGGAGUUACGCAGUCGGAGGUACGGAAAUUGAGCAUACUUGAAGUCGUUCAAGAGGAGCGACGAGGGUGGCUUGAGUCGAAGCUCCAAGAUCCAACCACUGACGCUGCGGCGAAGUUCCCCAAUUCCCAAACAAAGCCUCGCUUUAAUGGGCCUAGGGCAGGGGGGAUGGGCAAUGGAGUGACUGCACAGCUGUUGAAUAAGCCCUCCUCGCGGCAAAAGGCUAGUCGUAGGGCUCAGACAGAUGAUGGCUAUGGAUCAAGCACAAGGAAUCCACGUAAACCGAAUCACGCAGCAAAUAAAUCUCGCGGAGUGCUUUUAUGCGGCGAUGUUGUGCCCAUUCAGAAGCGCAAUGGCGGCACUGGUUCAGCUAGUUUGUGGGUCAUGGAAAAACGUGGAGGUUUGAUUUGGGUCCUGGAGGAGAUUACAGAGAAUGUGGCAUACAUCACCUGUGAUGAGAGCGGACAUGUCACGAACUUGGAAGGCGACAUCGAAGACAUCUGGGGUAAAAAUGUUGCGAAAAACGAGACUUCGAUUCAGAGUCUUUUCCCAGACUUGCCCGAGGAAUGCGUCGAUAACUUCGAGAAAAUCACUGACCUCAAAUAUUUUGGCGCAUACAGACCGGGGAAAAGCUGCAUCCCUACUACAGUGACAAAGAACCCCAGCGGUGGUGAAAGGUCGUUACGAGUGUCUAGUUUCCCACAUGUCGCCGGUAUGAUGGUGUUAUCCUCGUCCACACUCAAUAUCAUCAGUUCGAACUCGGUCUUCUCGUCUGCGUUAUUUGGACAGGAACGCCCCGAAGGACAUCAUAUCUCCGAGCUCAUUCCGGAGUUUGAAGCAUUUCUUUACACGCUCACGGAGGAAGACAAGGUGUCGCUUGUUGAUGGGAUGGUGAUUCCAGAGCACAGCUUCCGACGUGCACGAGAUUUGCUCCUGCUUCGGGAGAAUAAAGCCAAUGCAGUCUCCAUCUUUUUCGACUCGGAGGGUCUUCCGGCACGACACCGAGAUGGUUCUCGACUUGCUGUCGACAUUCAGAUGCGAAUUGUUAAGAGCGAGACAGUGUUCCCCGAUAGUCAAAGUAAGCGCGGGGAGACGGUGGUUUCUCACGAGCACUUUGAAAGUGACAAUGACGACGAUGAAUCGGCAGACACUAUUGCGAUAACAGAGGUCGUUUAUGCCCUUUGGAUCACGUACUCGAGGCAGAUUCAUGCUGGAAAUCCCCACCUUCUCUCACCCGAUGGCCAAUCAGCAGAAAAGAAAUCGACCACACCGAUUCAUCAGCCUCGGUCAGGGCAGCGAACUCCCUCGCCAACUCCGACCUUGCCGUCUCAUUCGAACACGCCAUCGUUAGAUAACAAGACGCCACUAUCGCUUCUAAGCCAGAAGCUCAAUGAAGCAGCGUCAACACCGUUAGCUGACCGAACUGUCGCGGAACCUAAACACGCACCGCCCGUGAUCAAAGAGCCGCCUAAGAAAAGGACCAUUUCAGACUACGUCAUUCUGGAAGAGAUGGGCCAGGGGGCAUACGGACAGGUCAAGUUGGCGCGACUGAAAAAGAACCCAUUGAAGAAAAUGGUGCUGAAGUACGUCACUAAGAAGCGGAUUCUGGUGGACACAUGGACCCGUGAUCGUCGGCUGGGAACUGUUCCACUGGAAAUCCACGUUCUCGAUUAUCUACGACGAGACGGAUUUCGACACCCGAACAUUGUGGAGAUGGAAGGGUUUUUCGAAGACGAGAUUAACUAUUAUAUCGAAAUGGUGCCGCAUGGACUUCCGGGGAUGGAUUUAUUCGAUUAUAUUGAAUUGAGAUCUAAUAUGGACGAGGGCGAGUGCCGAAAUAUUUUCAAGCAGGUAGUGGAUGCUAUUCAUCACCUGCAUACCAAGGCUUUGGUUGUGCAUCGAGACAUCAAGGAUGAGAAUGUCAUUCUCGACGGCGAGGGACGAAUCAAGCUGAUUGAUUUUGGAAGUGCGGCAUAUAUCAAGAAUGGGCCCUUUGAUGUGUUUGUGGGUACUAUUGAUUAUGCGGCGCCCGAAGUUCUUCAAGGCAAAUCAUACCGUGGAAAAGAACAAGACGUGUGGGCGCUCGGAAUUCUUCUUUAUACUAUUGUAUACAAGGAAAACCCUUUUUACAACGUGGAUGAAAUCCUCGACCAUCCACUCAGGGUUCCCUUCCUCCCAUUCUCGGAGGAUUGUAUUGAUCUCAUUCGCAGGAUGCUGGACCGUGAUGUCGACAGUCGAAUUACGAUCUCAGAAGUCGUUGAACAUUCAUGGAUGGUAGCGGCAUAG